AUGACGAUACCGUCGCAGUCUGACUCACCCCUACUAAAGCUUCCGAGCGAAAUCCGCAACCAAAUAUGGCACCUUGUCUUCGCCGACCUUCAUGUCAUUCCAUCGCGCUCGGGGCCGCAGCUCGCACAAGGUGGCUGCCGAGCAUGCACUAAUAUCGCCUGCACUGAUGUAACCACGGGGACCUCGACGUCCGAUCUCCUUUCGUGGCAGGAAGUCUUCCGACCUCUCCGCACAUGCAAGCAGAUCUACAAUGAAGCCCAGCAUAUCCUGUUGUCAUCGUUCACAUUACAUCUAGGCUCACCACUAGGAGAUCCUAUGCGGUCCAUCGUCCCGCAUCUCGCCAGGAUGAAGAACGACGUCCGACGCCUUGAAUGGCGCGUCCACAUCCUGGGCGACAACCGCGUGGAUUGGAUUGCCAGCAUCGGGAUCAUUGGAAACCUGUUCCCCAAAUUGGAGCAAGUGGUCAUCCACGCGCACAUGCGUCCACCAGAUAGCUACGAGAAGCUCAUAGAUGGGAUCUACGUUGCGCUGCCAAUGGUUCGCCUGGCCAAACGCGAAAUGCCCAAUACUCCUCUCAGCAUCGACCUCGCGUACAUCUACUCGGGUGUCAUGUUUGAGUCGCCAUUCAUGGGCGAAAUCACGACGGAGGAUGCUCUCGAGGAACACGAGCUUGUGCUCAAGGACGUAAUCGCUGAUGACGAGUUCAUUACAUUGGCCCUGGCUCCGGAGUUGGAUAUCCAGUCUAUGAUUGCGGCAUUGUUGAGGUGCGCAAGAGCGCAUGAGCAGGCGUGGUUCGAGAAGCUGCAGAGGAAGAGAAUCGCGAGGCUAAGAGAGAUGGAAGCCGCCCAAACUCAAUUAGCGGGUCUGGUAGGCGGGAUGGAUGAACAACCUGGAGGAAGUCGAAUACCGUAG